CACAGAAAAAUCUCAAGGCGAUGAAUGGAAUGUGCGUUAUAAAAUGAUUAACGGAAUUUGUCAGGGACUGCAAUAUCUUCAUAAAGAACACAUUACUCAUUUGGAUCUCAAACCUGAAAAUGUCCUGCUGGAUGCUCAUUUGGAGCCAAAAAUAGCAGAUUUUGGUAUAUCAAGGUGCUUUGAUGAAAAACAGUCCAGAAUGUUCACAAAAAACUUAUACGGAACACUGGGAUACAUUGCACCAGAAUUCAUAGACAAGGGAGAAAUUUCAUACAAAUCAGAUAUAUUCAGUUUGGGCAUUAUAAUGAUAAAACUAUUAACAGGGAGCAAUAAGUUUAAUAUUGAAAAUUGGCACCAAUCUAUAGAUGUAGACUGCCCACAAAUGAAGAAAUGCAUUGAAAUAGCACAAAUGUGUGUGAACUGUGAUCAACAUAGUAGACCUACUAUUGAUCAGAUAAUUUGUGAGCUGAAUGAGACGGAAACAGCAAAAGAACAAGGGUCUUCAAUAUAUCAGAUAAAUAAGGAAGUUCAGGAGCCUUUAAGGCACGCAUUAAGCAAUGGCCGAGUUAAACUGACUGAGAACACUGUUUCCAAUCAGAUUAUCAUGGACAAUAACAGCACAGAUCCAUUAAAUGGUCUCUAUUUGGGAGAAUAUGGCCAACAUGGACCAGAACUUGUGCAGUUUCGUCGGAGGUUUGGCCACUGGAGCACAACCGAUAACGGGGAGUCCUUUGAGUACAUUGAAGGAGUAAAGUUGACUGGUGAUUCUAACGUCCCUGCUGGCCAGAUAACAUUCCGUGCUAAGGUUGAGACGGUUAAGCAUCUUGAGAAUCCUGGCGCAUACCUAAACGAAUUUGGUGUGAUUGAGAGUUAUAGAGGUCAGUUAAGAGUAGCAGGAUCUGGAUUCACAAAUCCCCAAUGGCUGGUUGGUGAGCUAUUGGUGUUCAAUGACAAGAGUAAGCUCUGUUUGGUGUGCAGUCCUCUUGAUUACUUCUCUUUGACUCGAUCAAUCCUUGAGAUUCCGCCCAAAUGUGCUGAUAAUUUCUCCGAGAGCACCUCUGAGACACCCAUUUCAUCUUAUCCCAUUUUUGGAUAUUUUAGGACGUCUAUGAUAAACAAAGUUCAGGAGGUUUUAAGGCAGCCAUUACGCAUGGCUCGAGACAGUAUGAUUGAGAAAAUCAUUUUCAAUCGGAUCGUUAGAGACAUUAAAAGCACAGAUCCAUUUCAUGGUCUCUAUUUGGGAGACUAUGGCCAACAUGGACCAGAACUCGUGCAGUUGUGUCGGAGGUUUGGCCACUGGAACACAACCGAUAACGUGGAGUCCUUUGAGUACGUCGAAGCAGUAAAGUUGACUGGUGAUCCUCAUGUCCCUGCUGGGCAGACGACAUUCCGUGCUAGGAUUGGGAAGGCCAAGUACGAUGAGAGUCAUGGUGCAUACCCGGAUGAAUUUGGUGUGAUUGAGAGUUACAAAGGUCAGGGUAGAAUAGCGUCUCCUGGAUUCAUAAAUCCCGAAUGGGUGGAUGGUGAGCUAUUGGUGUUCAAUGGCAAGAGAAAACUUGGUUUCGUGUGGAGUUUCCCUGAGCGUCAGAUUGGUCUCUUUGAGCCGUUGACUUCAGAGUGAUGAGACUCUGCGCCGAAAUGUGCUGGUUCACACAUUUAGGAACAAAUUUGAACGUUUUUCCUUGAAAAUUGUUAGUGCCUGUUUCCUCCGCACUUCAUUGUUCUGAACCAUGGAUCUUAAAGAGACGAGCUUUACUGUCAUUAUUAGGGCAAGUUUGGUAAACAACAUGGUAAGCGAUUGAAUGCCUCAAUGGCAGUUUCAGCUAAUA